AUGGCGGCAGAGUACACGCAGCAGAAGCAGCCACGGAAGCGGUACAAGACGCAUGGCUGGUUCGAUCAUGGAAACUUCGACCACGGUGAAAGCUCGCAUCCACCCAGACACAUACGCUUUGCGGAUCGCCCACAGCAGCCUGGAACCAGGAGAGGCUUCAUCCUAAAUGCCCUGGACAAGCUUAAUUCAGCAUCGAAACUUGCACUUGGUAUCGUGGGCUUCAUCCUGCUCUCUGCACCGGUGCUAGUCAUUCUCAGCAAGAUCAGCUUGUUUGGCAUGCAGUCCCUCUGCCAGAAGAACAUUCUGCCACAAGGCUCCGGACUCUGCGAUCAUCCCUGGACGAAGCCAUCCACACCAGUCCUGCCUUCCGUUCCAGUGGGCAAAACUCCGUUGACGACCACAUUCGACCAGCUACUGAAAUUGAAUGAGAUUUCUCCUUCGCUCGCAUUCCUCAGCAUGCCUCUUUUCAUGAUCAAGACGAACCUUUCUACCAUCCUUCCAGCGAUCCAGAACGACCUGCCCGGAACGAACGUCGAUGCUCUAAGGAAGAGUAGUUCGACAGCCUUCAAGCUAGUCGAGCAAUUCAGUACCAAAGACAACGAAUAUCGACAGUCGAGUUUGAUAUGGAAUGUACAUGGCAUAGCAGACUUCAGCUCCUCAAUCGAGCAACUCCGAACGGCAAUACCAGCACAUUCCGACUUCAACACUUGGUCCACAGAACUUCUCAAUAACAACAUACCUUUCAAAUCCGAUGAGACACUCAACUAUCAACUCCUGUCACACUAUGAUAAUUUUAUUAUGCACCAACUCCCUUACCUCGAAAACCUCGUAUUCUCUGCCGGAGAGACCAAGCUCGCGAUUCAAGAACUCCUCGGGCGUAUCGGGAAGCUGGAAACCGAACUUAUCAAAAGCUCUCACUACGCCCACGCUGAGCCCCUCAGCAUCAUGCGCCUUUCUGCAAACUGGACUCUCGAAGUCGUUACGCGCGCAGAGCAUCACUACAGAAAUCUCUCCUCUACUCUCUUCUCUCUGUUCAAGCGCCUUGGACCUGAGAUGGAGAGUUACGAGAAUUGGUGGGGAUUGUUCGCAUCGCGAAAUGCUGUGUCAGUCUCGCGACUGAGAGAGAUUGUGGUGGCUGAAAGUGGACUGCUGGAGGAAUUAUUCGCGAAAGCUAUGCCUGUGCAGGAUGCGGUGCAACGAGUGGUGGAUGAAUUUAUGCGGGAUGAAGACGAGGCACAGAAGAAGAUCUUAUGGAAAUUGGAAGAGGCUGCGAGGAAGGGAACAAUCGAGGAUAUAGAUUUCAUGUAG